ACAGAGGUUGUGCACAGACUUCAGACGGACAGAAACUGACUGAAGACUAAUUGACUGAUUGCAAAGCAACAGAGAAACAAUCCUUGGACCCGUGUAGACUGACACCAUGGAUGAAGCCGUAUGGUGGUUUCCUCAUGCCUCUCCGGAAGCUCUGCAGUAGGAUCUGUGUUAGUGUCUCCAUCUGGACACUCCCACAGAUGGCUUCCCACCUCUACUUAGUCUUCCUGUCCAGUUUGGCAGUUUCAUCCAAACUGGGUUUGGAGGAUGUUUUCUUCAGCCCCCAGGACCAGACAGUCAGAGAAGGAAAGGGAGUUUUCUUGCAGUGUGUGUCAGGGGAAAGUUCACCUCCUGCAAGCAUCACCUGGCUCAAAGAUGGGACACUGGUCACAAGAGGGAGACACAUCCAGGGUGAAUAUGGAGGUGGUAACCAGAAGAAGGCUUCAGGCACUCUGCAUCUUCUCAACGUAACAUUAGAGGACGAAGGGAUUUACAUUUGUGUCACACACAAUCCUUCACUGAACAUCAGCAAGAAGAGCAAGCCGGCUAAACUAACUGUGCAGGGGGUCCCGCGAAGGCUGCAGAUCAUCCAGGGCCCUCACAGCAUCACUGUUGCUAUGGGAACAGAGGUCUCCAUGCACUGUGCUGUCCGUGGCUUCCCUGUUCCCAUGGUGCACUGGUUCAAAGACGGCUGCCUCCUGUCGAACUGCUCGGCCUCGUUCAGCCUCCAGAACAAUGGACAGCUGCUCACAUUCAGGAACGUGAGCAGAGAGUACGAAGGCUCGUAUCACUGUGAAGCAUCCAACCACAAUGAGUCCAUCAGGUCGCAGCCGGCCUUCCUACUUCCAGCCGAGAUGGACUGGAGUUUCGUCCAGCAGCCGGUAAACCUGACGGUGAAUAGGGGAGACAAUGUUACAGUCACCUGCAGACCUCCAUACAGCAGACCAGCAGCACAGGUGUCCUGGUUCAAAAACAACCAACUUCUCUCUCCCACAGCUCAUCACACUGUGCUGCCCAGUGGAGACCUCUUCUUCCACAGUGUCCAGGAGAAGGACAGUGGGAUUUACUUCUGCAGGGCCUCCAACAUCCACCUUCAAAGAUUUCUCACUUCUAGAAGAGCGAUCCUGACUGUGCUGGGUAUGACUUUACAAAAGACCCACCACACCCACUGGCCAGUGUUGACGGUGCCUGUGGGUGCUCGGGUGGUGCUGGACUGUGAGGUGUCCGGUCACCCUCUACCCUCCAUCAGCUGGGUAAAGAGAGGCCACUCAAAGCAGACUGGAGGAAAGCUGGUUUUGGGAUUGAGAAAUGCCACUCUCUACAUCGACUCAGCCCGGAGCUACGAUGAGGGAGUGUAUGUGUGCGAGGCCUCCAACACUCUGGGCCACAGCCGCAACACAGCAAUGCUGAGAGUUGCUGUGAGUCCCAUCAUAGUGACCUUUGUAGGUCAGGUGAGCUGCAGGAUCGGGGCUUCAGCGGUUCUUCCUUGCAGGGCUGUAGGGAUUCUGCCCAUCACAUAUAACUGGACCAGGGGCAGAGCAGAGACACAGUCCCCCAUCAAUCCCAUUGAGGACGGACACAUUGAUGAAGAUGGAGCUCUGCAUAUUUCCAGUGUGCAGUAUUCUGAUAUAGGGGAAUAUUACUGUACUGCUGAGAACCGAGCAGGACGACAUCAGAGACGUACCAGACUCACUGUCACAGCUGAACAUCGUCCAGCUGAUAGAGGCAGGCAGACAAGACUGGUUUUGUCUGCUAGCACCAACACUAUCAAAGAACUGCCAGUAUCCCAAUCCAGUGACUCUAUGGCUGAGCAACAUCUUGAGACAACACAUCAUCCACAUGUACAGGAACAGCAUAAUGAGCCCACAUGUAUGUACUUAGAGAAAAACUUCUAUAGAUUAUGAUAACAUUUUACUCAUCAAAGUAAUUGGUGAGAUCUUGUACAGGCUGAAAACAACAGAGACAGCCGAAGGCAACUGUCAGGUAGCCAAGCCAUCAUUACCAUUAGCAAGCUUAUGUGCCAACACAGCUGUUAGCUAACAGUACAAUGUUACCUUUUAGAUUUUACUUUAAAAAGUGUUACAGUGAAACAUUUAUGUCUGUAAUUAUUACUGAAAACUGUGUCUUAUUGUUGCUUUUACUAUUUUUUUCCAGGCAUUUGUGUUGCGCUUUUCUUUUCUGAUUAAUUUCUCUCACAGCACGAAGUAGACAAGCUUGCAAAGCUAUCAACGAUUAGCCCACAGAUGCCUUUGGCUGUCUCCAUCGAUUAUGUGACCCCCGCGUUGUAGGUUGUAGUGGUCCAUUGAGAGUAAAAACUGUGCACAGACUUCAGCUUUACCCUAGCCUACUUACCGGAAUUGUGCUCAAUGAUGAUUUUCCUAAGAAGUGAUUGACAUUUCAAGUGCACUCACGUGAAAGCUAAUCCUACAACACAGUAUGCUUUUUUACAACCUGAUAACUUACUGCAAAUUGCUCAUGUUU